AUGGCAGCAGAACAGAGAAAGCUGCUGGAGCAGCUCAUGGGCGGCUCGGCUAGUACGCGGGCAGCCUCGCUCUCCAUGACAGAUCCUAAAGUCUGCAGAUCAUUCCUCGUCGGCACAUGCCCCCACGACCUCUUCACGAAUACCAAGCAAGAUCUCGGCCCUUGCCCAAAGCAGCACUCUGAAGCACUCAAGGCCGAAUACGAGGGACUGUCAGAUAAGGAGAAGCAAAAGUACGGCUUUGAGUACGACUACAUGCGCGACCUUCAAAAGUACAUCGACGACUGCAACAGGAGGAUAGACUCAGCACAGCGCAGACUCGAGAAGACGCCCGACGAGAUCCGCCAAACAAAUGCCUUGCUGAAAAGCAUCGCUGAACUCUCCUCCACAAUCCACAACGGCACCCUCGAAGUCGAAAUCCUCGGAGAAAUGGCCGAAGUAUCCCGCGCGAUCGACGAAUUCUACCGAGUACGCCAAGCACAGCAAACAAAAUUGGACCGCGAGAAGGAACUCAAGGCCCUGUCAGACACCUCGGGCCCAUCCGGCCACCAGAAGCUGCAAGUUUGCGACGUUUGCGGCGCCUACCUCAGUAGGCUGGACAACGACCGCCGUCUAGCGGACCACUUUUACGGAAAGAUGCAUCUCGGCUACGCCCAGAUGCGCAAGACCUUUGACGCGUUCCCCAAGGAGAUGCGCCACCGCCAACGCGGACCGAUGGACGACGACAACAUGGGACCCGGCGGUCCCAGAGGUCCCAGGAGCGGUGGAGGGUACCGCGGGCGUGGUGGCAGGGGAUACCGUGGCGGUGGCGGCGGUGGAUGCAUGAUACUUGAAGGAUGUAAAACGUGGUCGGCAACGGCAUUGAUUCCACGAUGGCCAGCAUCACGGGUCAAGAUAGUGAAGGACCCAACUCAAGGGAACAUAGACGGCGGCGUUGGGCAGUCCCGGACGGCAUUCUGUAUUCACGCUCGUAACGGUACCUGCUGA